AUGGGAAUCUUUAGAGGCAACGAUGAAGACGACACACCCGUCACUUGUCCUUCUCAUUCACUAGCUCAAAUAGAUGCUAAGCAAAACUUCGUUGGCAACCUCAGCUUCUACGAGCUGAGCAUGAUCAUUGCUGGUUCAUGCUCCGCUCUUUCUAUGAUCGUCAUGUUUAUCACCAAGCAAAUGCAUGCGACGCAUCUGUCAAACCCCUCAGAGCAGGUCAAAAUUAUGCGAGUCGGCAACCUCAUCUCAGCGUUCACCGUCAUCUGCUUCCUCUCCAUCUGCUUCCCCUCAGCCGAAGUCUACAUCCAGCCUUGGCUCCACGUCUUUGAAGGUUUCGCCCUCGGAUCCUUCUUCUUGCUGCUCUGCGACUACGUUUCUCCCCAUCGCGACCAGCGCGAUGUCUUUUUCGCGACUAAGAAGAAGAAUGGCAUGAAAUGGUUCAAGACUCGCUGGAUCAUGAUCUUUCAGAUGCCUGUUGUUGCCAUUGCUGUCGCCAUUGCCACCGAUAUUACUGAAGCCGCUGGUGUCUUCUGCGCGGAGAGCAACUCACGAGAGUUCGCUAACAUUUACCUGCGCGUCAUCAUGACUAUCUCACUCAUCGUCUCCGUCGCUUCGAUUCUCCAGAUGUACAUGCUUCUCAAGAAGGAUCUUGCGCACCACAGCCCAAUGCUCAAGCUCACUGCGUUCAAGAUCGUUGUCGGUUUGACCUUUCUCCAAGAGAUUAUCUUUUGGAUUCUUGACGAUCAAGGUAUUCUCGAACCCACGGACCAACUCACCUACGCCGACGUUCACGUCGGCAUCCCCAACUUGGUCACAUGUUGCUUGAUGGUUCCCCUAUCUUUCUUCUUUAUGAUCGCAUACCCUUGGAAGGUGUACGUCCACGGCUAUGGUCGCGGUACUUUCGCCAAGUUGGAAGCAGCCAACGGACACGAGCAGUCUUAUCAGGGCGGUCCCUUUGGUAUCUACGCUUGGCUCGCUAUGUUGAACCCUUCCGACUCAUUGAAGGCAAUCCUGUUUAUCUUCCAGCGCAGCAAGAGAGACGCCGCUCCUGGGACACCUGUCGCGAUGACUGGAUAUAACUCUGAUGACGCCUUGAUGUCGCAUCCUUACAAUGCGCAGUCGUACUCCAACUCCAGCACGAAUCAAGAGCAGCCCAGACAGAUGGUGUAA